UGCGGUAGGUUAACCCGAUUCGGAUGGGCCAGUCCACCGGGGGAUUCUGUCGCGUUCGGUGUCGGUGUCUUUGCUUGGCGGAACAUUACCAUUUUCCACACGCGGACUUUACGCGAUGCGAUUCGCGUGCUUUUGUGAUUGGACGCAGCUGUAAAAGGAUAUGCGUACGGUGUAGUAGUCCUUGAAGUGGCGCGAGAUUCAUCCGCUGUGAACAAUCUCCCUGUAAAAUCCAAAUUGGAGUGAGUCCCAGUGGUGCGUGGUAGUUGUAAGUGGCCAUCAUCUUACUCGCGAGUGACGACAAUCACACGUGUUUGUGGCAAAGGAAAGGAUAUUGCCUACGCGGUGCAGAACCAGUGUCGAAAUCCUGCUGGAGUGCUUUUACUUCCGGAAUUCGCCAAACAACAACAAAAAAAAAGCUCCUAGGAUUGAAGUCGCGCCGAGCGACCACAGCCACCGCCACCAAGAUGAUGUGAUUGUGGCUCCCUCACGGACGCAAGCAUCGAGCAACAAUCUGCUUAUGCUGCUGACGGUUUUCGGUUCGGUUCGAGGACACACAGCCACAUGAGCCUGAGCUCAGAAUUAAUCGCAAAACAAUGGAAGCCUUAAUCUGGUUCGCCGAUCGGGUGGAAUACGCAAGCUCAUGAAGAGAAAUAAAUCGAACCGUGGCGUGGCGUACGAAAGUGAAAACGCCGCACGUUACAGGUAAAGGAGAGAGGAAAAAAAGAACAAAAAAUUAAGUUAAAAAUAUAGAAGGACUAAAGCAUCGUAGAAUUGGAGCACGACACGCAAAAGCGAAGGACCCAGGAACGGAGCAAAAAGUACCGAACGAAAGCAGAUAAACGUGUGCUUUAAAUGAAAUAAUACAUCAGAGAACUCCCACAGACACACAAACACACACACGUACAAUAACGAAGGACAUUGUUGGUGGUUCUUGGUGUGCGGCAGGUCGUAAGUCUUGCUGUGUGCAUAGCAAACGGCGAGGAUACGGCGAAAGAAAAAGGGCACUCACGACGCCGACGACGAUGAUGAUGAGGAUGCUAAUGAUGCCCGGCACGAUAAAGAACCUUCGGGCGAAAUCUGCUGCCUGAGGGACAUCACUUGCCCGGGGAAUGGGGGGGUCUUGCUGCAGGCGGAGUAUAAACAUAAAUAUCAUCUAAUUUGAAUUCCCGUACAAUAACCACCGAAACUGCUCGCCGUACGGAUAAAAAACGUUAAACGCCGUCCAGAUUGCUGCUGUCUGAUGUCCAGAGUGCUGCAACAGUGAGAACGAGGAGGAAAAAACACGCAGCAUCUCAAACAAAGGCAGACUCGUUGUCCCUUUUUGGGAUUCGUUGGCAGCGGAUUGGCGAAACGCAGAUUCUACAGUUCGGCAGGGAACGGCAAAAGAACUCUCGAAACAAAGCACGGCUGAUCGCAAAUUCUGAGAGCCUCUCGUUUUCCCCCUUUUCUUCCCAUUCCUGGACUCCCCAUUCCGGAUGACGCGGAACAGCGGGUUUGGUAUCGGUUUGGCAUGUUUAUGUUUAUGUUACUAAACGAUAAACCCAUCCCGUGUCGGCGAUCAACAAUGACCAAACAAUUAGCCAGCGCCCGGUCAAACCAGGUCCGGUCGGAUAGUAGGACCCCGAGCGAAUGGGUACCGGCACGCGGUGAUGCUGCAUCGGUCGGCCAUCACCGUCUGAGCUGAGGGUGGUGGGAUUUAUUUGCGAAGGCAAUUGCCUGUGCCGGCGUUUCCGCCAGCUCCGGUGCAGCUGUAUGCAAUCGGGCGGAAGUGGCGCUAGAUUACCGUCUGGCCGUAGUUUGUGGUCGAGAAGGGCGAACCCUGCAAACUGCUUACCCUUACUGCUUGUGUAGUUUGAAGUCGCGUUUCGGAAUAAAGACAGUCUCGGCAGGAUGAAUCCGCAGCCCCGUGCCCAUCGGAAGCCGCCCGACGUGGAGGAGGCCCUCUCCUCGAUGCUCUGGACACCGUACGACAAUAACCUUUCCGAGUCGGACUCGUCGGACGAGAUGGAGGUGCUGCAUCGGGUCAACAACAACAGCUUCUUCGGAACUGGGCCAAACCAAGACCACCGGCGUCAUUCGCACCGGCAGCAACAGUCACUGAUGCGAAGAAGUCUUUCCGCGUGGAGCUAUCGAAACCGGUGCCCGGGAAAGCCGAGCCCGGCCGGUGACGGUGGUGAGCCGGUUGGGAAUCGGUUUAGCUAUCCGUAUUACGAUCAGCCCGAGCUUGCCGGUGGUGGGUUUGGUGCAUUCGGUGGCGGUUUGGCUGGCGGUUGGUACGGGUACGGUGGCACCAUCAAUAGCACCAACAACAACCACUACUACCACCACGGCAUUAAUGGCAGUUCCUAUGGUUAUCCCGGGCUCACGACGGGCCCGGUCACUAGCAGCAGAAGUUCCUACAGCUUUCAGCCGAACGGUGAGCACGAACGAGCAGCAGCAGCAGCACCUUGGCAAACGUUGACGACUGCGGCCGACCGAAGCAUCGAAAAGCGACCGUAUCUGCAGCAGCAGCAGCAGCAGUCCCAGCUCCAUACACCGUUUGUUGGCCGCUGGCAGGGUGGUGUUGGGGCAUCGCAGCUGGAACCAUCUUCGCUACCGUUCAGUUUGCUCGCACUGGACAGUUUCAGUGUCACCGGGGCUACCGGGACGGCGGCCGUACCGGGCGGCAGGGACGUUGACGGGUUUGCUGACAGCUACCAGGACGAUUAUCAGGUUUACUCCGGUGCUGGAACGGGCGAGAACGGGGCCUCGGGCUGCAGCAGCAACAGUACGCCGGACGGCAGCAACAUAAACAGCAUUAACAACAACAUCGAUGGUACCUGCAGCAACAACAAUAACAACAACAGUUUGUGCAUAAUUUCCGCAAUGCUCCGUCCACCGACGGACAGUGGCAACGGUGGAGACCUACAUUUUCCGACCAAACCGCCCGACCACCGUUGGCAGGUGGGAAGGGUGACGAGCCUCGCCAGCACCAGCACCAGCACCGCCACCCUAGGGCAGCAUAAUUCCAGCAUAAACACAACGACGCUUGCACCCUUCCCGUACGGUGGUGGUGUUGGUGCGGUCGUGGAUGCGAUCUCACGCACACCAGCACAACCAGCAAUGGCAGUAGAAGGGGACGGACCGACGAUGCCCGGUUCGGCGGCGGCGUGCGCCGACAGCACGUUUAAUUGUGUGCGGCAAGCGAACGCAGCAACAUCGACGUCGGUGCGUCGUGCGGACGGUGCGCAAGCGGAUCGUGUUCGCAGCAGCAGCAGCAGUGGUGAGCUCGUCGAUCAGCAACAAACGGUGACAAAGAGUGUUGGUGCAACGAUGCGGCUGAACGUACCGGCGGCCGGGCUGGCCGAGGGUGGCAGCCGGACCAGUGUGUACAUCCCGUCGACGGACGGCAGCGGCAGUGGUGGAGGUGGUGGUAGUGGAGGGUUGAUGUUGCCCGCGCUGACGAUCCAGGUCAAUCGGCUGGAUCCAAACAAUCAGCAGCAGAAUGAUGUCGUUAACAAUGCGGCGUCCGGUGUGAGCAUAGUGAGCUGUUACCGUGCGGCCAAACCGACGACGAGCCCGGGCCAAACCGGUGUGGCCGAGUGUGGCCCAGCGGGGCCGGUGGAAGAUGGUGGUGAAGUGGCGCAGUGUAUUGGCGUGGAGCGUGAUGAGCAGCGCAGUGAGGAUCGCCUGGAAGCGAUCGAUGAGCGCGGUGUAAAUACGAGUGCGCUUGGCACGUCCGAGCAAAUGGUUCAAGUUUCUAGUGUUGAGCGGCUAAAUGUCGCCGGGGAAGAGAAAAGUGUCGAGGUGGAAUGUGCUAGUGGUGGUGGUAGUGGAGGGUCUCCUGUAAGUGCGAUCAGUGCAGUGGGUGUCACAUCCCGUACCUUUACGUCAACCGAGGCUCAAACGGAUGAUUCGAUCCAACAGUCUCAACAGCUCCAACAGCAGCAACUGCAACAACUGCUCCUGCCCCAUCCGACGGCCGCAUUCAUCGGCAGCUCGCCAUCGGUCACCGGCCAACCGGAGCAACCGAUCAUGACGACCAUGCUUGGGCCGGGGUCGGAGUUCAGUACGCGGGAGCAUCGGCGGCGGGAACGGCGCGAACGGCGGCAGGCCCGCAAUCGGCUGCAGCACAUACACCCGCUCGAGCCACCGCCUCCGCUGCACCGAUCGCCCCCGCCCAUCGAGAUCAUACCCGACAUACUGCACAGCCAUCUGCCACCGCCGUACACGACCCUGCCGAUGGGUGCCUCCCUCAUACCGCAGAUGAUCCCGGCGAAUGCGGUCGCGGCGGCGGCGGCGGCUGCAGCAGCGGCCGCCAUACCGGUCCGGGCUGCCGAUGAUUGCCGCUACACGUUUCCGAUACCGAUCAUGCGAAGUUCACCAUCGGAACGAUCGCGUAAAGGAUGCUGUGGCCACUGGUUCGCAGGACCACCGCUGAGGGCACUCAUCGCCGUGGUAGCCCUCGGUGGAGUGGCCUGUGCCUUGGGCGGCGCUGCGCUCGGAGCAACGGGCUUGGCCGGUUCACCAACGUCCCAUCUUACUGCUGCCUUAUUAAUGAUAGGUGUUGGAGUGAUUCUAGUGACGGUGAGUGGGGCAGCGUGGCGUAUGACUGCACCGGGUGCACCGCCCUGUCUGGGGCUCGGAUCGACCGUAGAUCUGGGACGCUGCUCGCGGAGACCUUGCGGACGGGGUGGCAGUACACCGCACGGGUUGCUGUAUCCCGAGUUCCAGCACAGGCCGCCGCCACCAUCGUACCAAGCGAGUAUGCAGGAAUACAGAUUAAGAUUGCUGCUACUGGACCGGGACCGACAGUCGGGAAGGAUGCGAAGUACGGCCUCACCGCCACCGACCUAUCGAUCCAACGUGGGAAGCCUUUUAAGAAUACCCCUCAGCUCGCGCUACAACAACGGCAGCAGCAACAGCAUAUUCGGUGGCAUUAGUGGCAUAAUCAGUGGCGCCGUCGGUGGUGGUGGUGGCUCGAGCAACAGUGUGAACAAUGCGCCACCAUCAGCGCACAUCCAGGCGGAUCUGCAAGUGAACAGCUCCCCGAACCCGUACGGUUCCGAUGGCCAUAGUACGCUGCCGCCCAGCUAUCGGUCGGUAAAUCUUCAACAUUCGCCAACGGUAGCCACCGACACACUUCAGCGGCCAUCUCAACAGUCGACCGUACCGUCAGGAACGUCAGCGAACGGUGCUUCUCCGUCGGCGGGCGUUGUGCGUAGCGGAAGCAACCCUGCUCCUGCGGAGAAGGAUGCGAACCUAAUAAGCGGUGAUAAUAUGCACCCGACGGCUGGACCGAACCGUACGAGCGCGACGGGUGUGAAUCAUCAUCAUCAUGCACCGUCCAUAAUUAAAAUCGACGAUCGAUGCAACGCGGCAGAUGAGCAGGGAGUCGUCGGUUCGCGACAGCGAAAUUCAAUUCCCAACUCUGUGUCUCUAAUUGAUACCGGCAGUGAGGAGUUGCUGCCGGCGGGCGGUGGCGAAGCAAGCGGCGCUGCCGCCGGUAGCAACAAUGCGGGCAACAUAAACAGCAAUAGUAGUAGGCUUUGUCCGGCUGGAAGCGUUCCCACCGCAAACAGCAACAGUAGCGUUCCAGCAGGAGCAGCCGGCAGUAGCAAGGAUCUGGUUACGAUUGUUACCAUAUCCGGCACGAUCGAACCAUCAGCAACGGGAGCUAGCCGGUCGGUUUACACUAGCGGUAGCAAUGGUAGCGGAAACAACAACCCGGCUGGUGCAGGAACUGGGGCCACAUGUACAUUAUUAAACUCUAACUCAACGCCACUGCUGGCCACAGUUAUACCGGUCAGCAAAUGCACCCCAACCGCCACCCCAACAACGACGACAACAGCAGCAUCCUGCGGGGAUGUGUGAGGGAACGCGUAGGACCGGGAAGGAUUGUUUUUUUAUUUAGUAUAUCCACACACAGUUACCGGAAGUACGGCCCGCGCUAGGAGCGUUCUGUUUCACGUGCCCGAACCUGAUAAGCCAUGAAAAUCUAGUUUUUGUUUGCUUUUUCUCACAUCCAAUCCCAUGCACCGGGUUUUCCCCGCCACAAAGGCACAGAAGUUUAGAGUGCCUGGGAGUCAUCUGUUCCCUGUGAGGUCACCGCCACUGCUGUUGACUUCCUGUUUGCCGACCGGAGGAGAAAGCAGUAUAGUUCGGGACAGUAUGUGGUCGUCUAACAAACGCAAACCAACAAACCAACCAACCAACCACACACACACGCAAACGCACGCCACGGUGUACCGGGAUGUGACGGGGAAACUUUUCUUUCUACAUAUAUACACUGGACUAUGGGGCAGUUGGGAUCAUGGGAAGCCUUUGCCAGGGGACAGGAAGAUUAGAGCAACCUGGACUCUAGGCUUUGGGGUUUUUGAGUAGCGCUUGAAUCAUUAAACACGUGUAACAUAGGGGAUUUCUUCGGGAGGACCUGUAAGAGAGCCUAUCACUUAGAGGGGAAAAUGGGUCAGUUGAGGUUACUUAGCUACUCUCGAGAGCGUUUCAAGGUAGAGCGAGAUCUUGACUAUCAACCUUGAUUUUUUGUUACGAAAAUCGGCAAUUUUUUCUCUAUCACCCGUUAGUAAAUCACGAUCAAAAGACAAAAAUUCAAAUUUGACAGCAACUACAUUUCGUCCGUUAAAAUGCUGUCAGUUUCCGUCAGAAUAGGCUGUCACUUAAAAUCUCACCUCGAGAUCUCCUUCUGCCAGAAAGCGCUCACCUCUCACACACACUUGCACCUACGUGUAACCAUGGGCAACGUACGCACAAGGACUUGCAGAUCCUUUUACCGAUUUAGCGUCACUUUCGGUGUGGCAUGAAAUGGUUAAUCCUGACUUCAUAUGGCAAAAAAUAUCCUUCAAAAGGGGAACCCCGGACCGGAAAAGACCGUCACCACACAUACAAACCCGUACGUGUCGUAACGGAGCACUUACAAUGGGAUCGAAUUCCGGUCGAGUAGAAUGUGACCGACUGCCCGGGUUAGUAGGGAUGGGCGUCGAAGCGAGCGAGCGAAGCUGAGAGUAAAAUAGAUUAAUUUUUAAUUUAAUAUGUGCCUGAAUUAUGAAACAACUCGGAUGCUGCCUGCUCAUGCUGCUACCACCGAGCGGUCGAGGGUUGAGAAAGGGGAAUGAGAUUUUUCCCGAGUCAAUGUGUCCCUUGCACGGAUUCGCACUGCUACUAUGUGUAGCUCGGUGUGGAAAAGAUGGACGGAUGUGGUCAUUUUUUGUGGAGCUCUUCUCCCCUAGCAACGGGGACGGGUUCCGACGGGGCCGAAUUUUGAGUCGUUUAUUUUUACGGUUUUCGAUAUUAUAAUUUUUCCGUGGUGUGUUCUCCGUUUAUGCCCUUUCCCGGUAGCGAAAUAAUAAAAAAAACCAACCCACCAACCCGGCUUUAAAUGGUCAUGGCCGAGAUUUUACUAUUUCGCUUCACAUCGUCCGAUCCCUUGGGUAGUGGAUGCACAUGUGUGUGUGUGUGUGUGUGUGUGUGUGUGUGUGUGUGUGCUUGCAUAGUAUAUUUCAUUCUAUCUCGUUAGCGUCAUCGCUUAUAUGCUUUUCGGCACCUUUUCUGGCGCCGGCCUCUUUUUUUUAUCAAAAAUAUAUUUUACAUCACACCGAAGACCGCUAGAACCAGGAGAAAGGUCCCCACACCCCCAAGCACCAGAGUGUAUUUGCGUGCGCAUCUGUACAGAGAGUGUAGAAUUGGAUGAAAAGGAAAUGAAGUGUGUGUGUGUGGGUUUUGUUUUUCCCGCUGAUGAAUAGAGCGUUUUUAUUGUUAGUAAUUUAAUACAGAAGCAGGUCCCUGUAGCGGGGCCGAAGUGAAUCAAAACGACACGCAUAACCGCACGCACCGUCUAAGCACCGUGUGGUUCAUCCUAUUAUCAGAAUUACCAUAAAGCGGGAGGCACAGAAGAUAUAUAGAAGUAGGGAAAAUGUGUUAAAGAAACCGGGCGGCCGAAGAGAUGUUGUUGAAGAGUGUGCGAACGGUGCGGAUUAACGUGUAUUUGAAUCGUGUCGUGGUUGCUAGAUUGACACGUGUGUAAAUGGAUGGAAGGCAGCGGAGAGAGAGACAGAAAGGGACAGGAGAGAGAGGGUCGGUGAAUGUUAACUCAUCAUAUUUUCAUUCUAUAUGUAACCAAAGAGAGCAUGAAAGGAAAUAAAGAGCGAUAAAUUCUAAAACCUUAAA